CAAACAAUUUAGCAGGAGACAUGAAACGCGCAGUAGGUUGUGCAUUGCUAGUGGCUAGCGGCAACAUUGGUGGAAUGAUAUCCUCACAUUUGUAUAGAUCUCAAGAUGCGCCGGACUAUAAGUUUGGAAAUGCUAUUUCUAUACUUUGUUUAUUUAUUGCUAUAGCCUUAUCAAUAAUUUUAUACUAUUUAUUAUAUGGAAUCAAUACACUUAAAGUUAUGAAUCCAGAACGAUUUUUAAAAGGAAAAAAUGAGGAGGAGGCCCUGCUUUUGGGAGACAAUCAUCCAUCAUUUAUUUAUAGUUUGUAA